AUGGCUUCUGACUCGAUGCCUGUCAAAGCGACAGAGACUACUCCCUUGAUACUAUCUCAUAAACGCCGCAUCACAGCCGCACCGUCGACAAACACUGCAUCACAGCAAAAUAGCCUGCCGUAUAGUGAUUAUCAUACCAUCGAUUGGCUUCAAGACCUUGUCAAAGAUAGUCACCAACGCGACAACUCCAGCCUUCACACCCGGCGCGGAAUCCGUUACCAUUUCGCGAAGCUAUGGGGCGCUUCUCAAGGAUGGGUCGCAGCAUUCCUUAUCGGCCUUCUCACUGCCUCCAUCGCUGCCUUUGUAGACGUCAGCGUUGAAGUGGUAGCAGAUCUGAAGGACGGAUAUUGCACCAACAACAUCUUUCUGAGCCGCCGGAUAUGCUGUGCAUCAGAGACAAACUGCCGGAACUGGAAGUUGUGGACCGAAAGCUACGUGUAUGCAUACGCCAUCUAUGUCGGCCUUGCUUUGGCCUUUGGUAUCAUCGCUGGGAGUGUCACCAUGACUACGAAGUCGAAUCUCACUGCAUUCGCUCCAGAGAAAGAACUGUCUGCUACAAUCGAAGAUCAGGUUCAAAGUCCCGGCGGAAAGGUUAUGUAUAUGGCAGCAGGAAGUGGCAUUCCCGAGAUAAAGACUGUCCUAUCUGGCUUCUUCAUCCCUCAUCUUUUCGAUCUCAAAGUCCUUAUCGUCAAGGCCAUCGGAUCAAUCUUUGCAGUCGCAACGGGCAUGUGUUUGGGAAAGGAAGGUCCCUUUGUGCACAUCUCAGCAUGUGUUGGGUACCUUGUCACCAUCUGCGUUCCAAAAUACGCGAGUAACCAACGGAAACUGAGGGAGAUGCUCAGCGUCGCAUGUUCAGCGGGCUUGUCUGUCGCUUUCGGUGCUCCGAUCGGAGGUGUUCUCUUCAGCUACGAGGAGAUCAGCACUUACUUUCCUCGUCGAGUACUUUGGCGAAGCUGUCUUUGUUCAGUGGUAGCGGCGGCUGUUCUCAAGGAACUCAAUCCUACAGGAACUGGCAAGCUUGUUCUGUUUGAGACGAACUACGGCGUCAACUAUGAUGCUCUUCACUAUUUCGUCUUCGUCAUUCUCGGCGUCUGCGGUGGUAUAUUUGGUGGUGUAUUCUGCCGAGCAAAUUUCCUCUGGUCAAAGUCGUUCCGAAAGAUUUCGCUCAUAAAGAACAACCCUGUCUUUGAGUUGGCCCUUGUGACAUUUAUCACAGCGGUUCUACAGUUCCCGAAUAUGUUAAUCAGGGAAACUGGGGAUAUUGUCAUGCAGCGACUUCUUGUUGACUGCAAUCAUGUUGACGAGGACUGGAUUUGCCAACAAGAGGCCCAAGCAACCGGCAAGGGCACGUACUACGCCUGGCUGGUCUCGGGAACAUUCGUCAAGUUAUUCUUGACGACCAUCACAUUCGGCUGCAAGGUCCCAUCUGGAAUUAUCAUUCCCGCAAUGGAUGCAGGUGCUCUCUUCGGCCGAAUGAUUGGUCAACUCAUUCCGAACAUCUCACCGGGGAUUUUCGCCAUGGUUGGAUCAGCAGCAUUCCUAGCUGGAGUUAGCAGAAUGACCGUCAGUCUAGCUGUCAUCAUGUUUGAGCUCACAGGGGAGGUCAACUUCAUUCCGCCUUUCAUGAUCGCUAUCCUGACUGCGAAGUGGGUGGCUGAUGCGAUCAGUGCCGAUGGGGUCUAUGACCUUGCUCAGCAUCUUCAAGGGCAUCCUUUCUUGGAGGCCGAAAGUGCCAUCAGCAAGGUUAGAGAGUUCAGAGAUAAUGAGGGCACUGCGACGGUCGACGCCCUUCUCCCUUCAAAUAAUACCCUGGAUAACGAUAUUGUGUCUGUCGGUCCUGACUACCGUGUCCUCACAUCAGUACUCCAACACAAGCUCUCUCAUCUUCAGCACAGAGGCUUAAGCGACUCUGGGCUUGUAUUUAUUAACGACAGCGGAGUAUGUCACGGCUAUAUCUCACAAUAUAAACUGGAGCGAGCCUUGCAGAAGAUUGAGAAGACCGAUGGCGUUGAAGAAUCUUCUGACAUAAACGUUCUUGAAGGUGCACUAGCAGGCUCUAUUGAUAGAAACCCGAUGACCCUGUCUGCGAAAGCACCUCUUGAGUAUGCAGUGGAGUUGUUUGGAAAGCUAGGCAUUAGCUAUUUGAUCGUCACUGAGGAGGAUACGGCGAAGGUGGUGGGGGUUGUGUCGACGAAGCAACUGAUCGCUUUCUUGGAAAGAUUGAAGUAGACACUUGGAUAUUACACGGCAUAGAGAAAUACAAUGCUAGAGAAA